AUGCACGACCGGCCUCCGUCGGAUGGCUCUCCGGCCUCUCCGGCCGCUGACGCGGCCGCCCAUGCUGCUGCCGAUCCGGUCCCUCUCACGCUCAGCGAUAUCCGCACAAGCUACGACAACUUCGAGGUCGCCGGCUUUGGCCAGGCGCUCUCAUCAGCAAGUCACCCAGGCACCAACUCCUGGGCGUUUACGCUUGACUACGAAACCAUGCAGUGGAUGCAGCUCGAUCAAAACGGCGACGCCAACAGCUGGUCCCUGGGCGAGUUCCUCGCCCAGGAUGAGGUGCGAGUCAUGAUGCUCGACCCAGCGUGCACCAAGUCGCUCACAUUCCGUGAGUUCGUCAACGGGCUCUCCAAGUCGACGGCGAUCUCGAACUCCGACAACUGGACCGGCACGGAGCCCUACUUUGGCAAAAACCAAAAGGCAAAUUGCCCCACUUUGGAUCCUGCGUCUCUCACUGCCCGAACAACAGAGGCGGGUACCGCCGCAGGCGAGGCACAGCGCCAGGCGUUCCUGGGAUCCAUCGCCGGUGUCUCGCUGGUGGAUGGGAUCAAGGAACUGGAGUGGCCGGUUCUCGCGGAGGUGGUCAUGCCGUUCGUCACCCUCGCGCCGGACGCGUGGGAAUCGGGUUACGGCGCGGUGUACAUCGACGAGGACGCAUGGUCCCGUUGGGCUGAAGCCAUGUCAACGCUGAUUGCAGACAUGGGCAAAGCCGCAUGGACCAAGGCAUACGAGGAGAUCAUGAAGAGGCUGGAGGCAGCGAGUGAGGACAUCAAGCAAAAGAUGCACCUGCGCCUGGCAGACCUAGUGCCAGUGCAGCCGGAGGUGCACUACGCGGAGGAGGGAAACGCUGCCCAGAGGGCUGCUGCAGCCGCAAAGAACAAGGCUGCGCAGGAUCGGGCGUUUUUGAAGGAGCUCAAGCUGGGAGAUCUCGCGGGAUCUGACGGGCGACUCGCAUUCUACGCGCGGGCGGCGACAGCGGUGGGAAGCCACGUGACAGUCUCCUCGCGGGAUGCAAAGUCGUUCAUGAAGGCGGUGCGGGCCAUCCGCAGUGCCGCAGAGUCCAAGAUGGGCGAGGACCUCGAUUCCGAGGAGGUUGCACUCGCCUUCAAGGGCAUGCUGACGGUGGAUCCCGUCAUGCCGGUCCUAAUGAAUCUUACCAAGACGGCGGGCGGUCCGGCCGCGCGGAUCAACCUUCGGCGCAUGGCGUGGGUGUGGAGCGGGGAUCGGCCGGUGGGGGAAGCUGAGCUUGCCCCGCUGCUAAAGGAAAACUUCCACGCUGCGCUUGCAUGCUUCGACGCGGUCCGGGCUAUGGUGGGCUCGGCGGCGGACGGCUCGUCGCUCCCGGCCGACGUCGGGCGCGUGUACUCGUCGGUGUCGACAGUGGCCAUGCGCGUCGGAGUGCUCAAGAACGGAGACCAUCUUGGGCCCGCAUCGCUGAAGGAGUUGGAGCACAAGAUGAAGCACUUGCGCGGCACGCUCGAGGGAGGUCGGUACACGGCAAAGUCCAUGUCCGAGCGAUGCGACGAAGUGGUGUGCAUGCUCCAUGCCGUGGCCCGCAACGCGGCGAUGCACCUUCCCGCGGGCGCGGUUGGGGGCGCCGGGACCGCAACAGAAACCGACAGGCUGGGCGCCAAGCCGGGCGCGUUCCGCGUAUGGCUCGCGUGCGCUCUGCUGGCGGCGGGCGCAACGCCGGAGCAGAUCAUGGCUCUGCUGCGCUGGUCGUCGGAGGAGGCGAGGCGGCUGUACGCGCGCAUCGGCGAGCGAGUUCAGAUCUCGCUGCUCGACGCCGCGGUCGAUGCGAAUUUCGAGACGGUGCGCUCGCACACGCUCUUGGCGGCGACCGCAACCGGCGGGGCGGGGUCGAGAGUGGGCGAGGCGAGCGCGGCGGCGGCGCGGGCGGUAGACGAGGCCAUGGAGCUCGUCGGACGCGCGCACGCCUUCAUCGGAGCGCUGCCUAGCCCGGAGGCGCUGCCGAGCAUCGACGAUGACAACGACGUCCGGAGGGUGAGCGAGGCCGUGACCGCGCUGAGGUCGGAGGCGGCGAAAGCGGAUCGAGCGCUCGAGCUGGACGACGGGGCGGAGGAGCCCGAUGACGAGCCAGCGUCACACUAG